AGGUGGGGAUAUAUGACAAGGAGGUGAAAAUAUCAACACUCUUUUUAAAAUUCAUGCAACUAUCUACUAAAGUUUUCCCAAAAUAUAAAAUGAAUUUUUGAACUAUUUCAAUUCUUGUAUAUAAAAUUAUGGAUCUUGUUCAUAUCUUUUUUUUUUUUUCCUUUUUUGAGGAUAAUAUAUGCUUAUUUACUUUCAAUGGAUGCAAAAGUGUGCAGAGACUAAAACAACAUUGGUCGUAUAGAUAAGUUCAGAAAAAGUGACAAAAUUAUGUAUACAUUAUCUCCAAGAUCCUAAAACAAAACUACACAGGUUCGUGCGGUUCCAUUCAGGAAGAGACACGCAAAUUGCAACCCCAACAUGUCGACACCUUCGAUCAAAGAAAAAAAAAAUAAAAAGCCAAAACAAAAAACCCUGUCGACACCUGGGAGGCAUCAGCAUGACACGUGUCCAAUUAUCUAGUCUGAACACGUUCUGAACUUGCCACCUUGUGUUACACCUGUCCUCCUACUCUUGCACACCCUCCUCUGCCUUCUCUUUCUUCUUCUUAAAACCACAACCCCCCCAACCCUAACCUCUCUCACAUUCCAAUACACUUCUUGUACAAAUCACAUACUGCAGUUUUCGAGAAACACUUGGCAUAUUUGAAUCUCUUCAGACUUUGUUCAUGGCUUCAAAGCAACCUUUCAAAGUGCUAUUUGUUCUUGGGGUGGUGGCGGUGAUGCUUGCCACCAUUUGCAGAGGCUCUGGUGUGGACCAUACGUCUUCCAGUGAUGAGGGGUUUAAGGUGAAAACAAGGCAACCGCAGGACGAGGCCGCAGAGAAGGAAAGAGAGGGCAGAGAAAGCUCAGACUCAGAGUCAUGGGCAGAGUGGGCCAAGGAGAAAAUCUCUGGAGGACUUGGAUUGAAGCAGGAUGAUGAUGACGAAAAUAAUAAGAAAGCUUCUGAUGCUGCUUAUGACACUGCCAAGAACACCAAGGACAAGGUUCAAGACACUGCUUCUGGAACUGGUCAAUACACCACAGAGAAGGCCAAAGACAUUAAAGAUACAGCAGCUGAGAAGGCUAGAGAAGUGAAAGAAGCAGCAGCAGAGAAGGCUUUUGAGGUUGAGAAAGCAGCGAAGGAGAAGGCGUAUGAAGCCACAAAAGCAGUAAAGGACAAGGCCUCUGAAGCCACAAAUGCAGCAAAGGAGAAGGCUUAUGAGGCUACAAAGGCAGCGGAAGAUGAGACAUACGAGACCAAGAAUGCGGCUGAGGAAACAGCCAGCAAGGCUGCAGAGAAGGCCAAUGAGGCAAAGCAAAAGGUAGGGCAAACAGCAGAGGAGAUUAAGAACAAGGCUUAUGAGAAGGCAGAGGAGACCAAGGAGGCAAAAGAAAAGGCAAAGCAAAAAGCAGAGGAAGUGAACAAGGAGGCCUAUGAGGAGGCAGAGGAGACCAAAGAAGCAAAGCCAAAAACAGAGGAGGUGAAGAACAAGGCAGCUCACAAAGCGAAGGAGGGUUAUGAGGCAGCCAAGAAGAAAGCAGAAGAGACUGUGAAGUCUACCAAGGACACUGUGGCAUCUAAUUUCGAAGCUGCCAAGCAGACGUCACAGAAGAUUAAAGAGAAUGUGGCUGGUCAAGGCCGUGAUGAGGAGCUCUGAGCUGCUCUGCCUGUAGUUUUCUAUCCACACUUGAUGACCAUUUCUUCUUAUAUAGUUUUGUUUUGAUCAAGUCUCUGAUCUUACAAGUUGGGUUUUGUUGUGUAGAGAUGUAGUUUUGUAUUUUAUGUAUGUUUGAUUUUGUUGUAAUGUACUUCUUUCAAUCUCUGCUUGAAAUAUAAUUUGGAGCCAGCUUUGUAUUUCGAACUUGAGCAAUAAUAUGAAAAUUUUCGUCUCCACAAUUGUUUUGGGGCCGAGACCCUAUU